AUGGCCUCAGCAAUGGUCAAGGGCAAGCCUGCCCAGCAACUGUCUUCAAUUCUUCCACCCCUCGUCUUUGGUUGCGCCGUCUUCAACUCACAAUACAAUGACGUGAACAAGCUAGACACAGUCGGCUUGGUCCAAGAGGCACUUGAAUUUGGUAUCAGAGCAUUCGAUACCAGUCCAUACUACGGACCCAGUGAGGAGUUACUGGGUGCCGCUCUCGACACAGAAUUCGUACGCGCACACGUGCCGCGUUCCGAUCUUUUCUACAUCACCAAGUGCGGCCGCAUCGCUGGAGAUGAGUUCGAUUACUCCCCCGAGUGGGUUCGCCAAAGUGUCGCUCGCAGUUUGCAAAGACUGCGUACCGAUUACCUCGAUAUCGUUUACUGCCACGAUGUUGAGUUCGUCAGCGAGGAUGAAGUCAUGGGAGCUAUAAAAGAGUUGCGCCGCAUUCGCGACGAGGAAGGCACAUUACGCUACGUUGGUAUUUCCGGCUACCCAGUCCCUCUGCUUUGCUCGCUCGCUGAGCGUGUUCUGCGCGAGACUGGCGAGCCUCUCGAUGCUGUCAUGUCAUACGCAAAUUUCACACUGCAAAACACCACACUCGCAACAAAUGGCAUUGCACGUCUGCGUGCCGCUGGCGUUGAUGUUGUUCCAAACGCAUCACCACUCGGUAUGGGUCUAUUGCGUCGUGCAGGCCCUCCUGUGGCUGGUCAAGGCGACUGGCAUCCUGCUGGUCCUGGCGUGAGAGCAGCCAUUCGUCGUGCAAGCGACUUCUGUGACCGCCACGGAGAGCGCCUUGAGGUCAUUGCUAUUCGUUUCGCACUUGAAUCAUGGUUGACUCAAGGUGCCAGCGUUGGGUCUCGAGGUGAUCCUGCAUCUGGUGUUCCAUGGACGCGCGAGUCAAACGAGCAGGUUGGAGGCCAGAAGCUCGGUGUCAGCGUCAUGGGUGUCAGUAAUGCCGGCGAGCUUGAGAAGACAAUGUCAGUCUGGCGUAGUAUUCUUGAUGGUCUUGAGGGUGGUGAAGAGACCGUCAAGCUCGCUGGUCGUUGGAAGAGAGAUCACGAAUGGAGUUUGAACCGCAAGCAUGCUGUCCAGAUUAUGGCCGAUGGAAUUCAGGAGCAUCUGGCAGAGUACCUGGAUUUCGCUUGGGACAGCCCCGGCAAAGACUAUGUUAACAAGAGAGCAACCAAAACCCUAUCACCACCCCAGGCUGAGGACGCCCCAUGGAUGACUCCUGCUCAGAGUCCUCAACCCGAGCAAGAACUUCCCGAGGAGAUCAGCAUCGCAAUCAGAUGA